AUGAUUACAUCAUCAUAUAGAACUCGUGGUCGUUACAAACCUGAUAAUCAUUCAAAAUCAUCAUCAUCAGAAUCUGGUCAAUUAGAAUUAAUAUUUUCAGUUACUGAAAAUGUACCUGUUGGAUCAUUUAUUGGAAUAAUUAAAUCACCAAAUGAAGCGAUUUCGAUUGAACCACCAUUUCUAAUUGUACCAAUACCGGAUGGUGAUAUUAUUGAUCAACAAUCAUCGAUCAUAUCGACAAAACAAACAUCAACAACAGCAAUUCAACAACAACAACAACAACAACAUUCAUCAGGAUCGGUUGAUACUGAUCUUAAUAUUGAUCAAUCAACAGGUGAAAUACGUACGGCAAUUGAAUUGGAUCGUGAACGUCGUUUAUAUUAUUCAUUUAUUGCCAUCUCAUUGACUGGUAUCAAUAUUCAUAUUCGAAUUAACAUUGAAGAUGUUAAUGAUAAUGCACCAAGAUUUCCAACUCGUGAAAUUGAACUUGAAUUUCCGGAAAAUAGUAAACCAAGAGAUGUUAAACGUACAUUACCACCGGCUAUCGAUUUGGAUCGUGCAAUUUUUGGCACACAAACCUAUCGUAUUGUAUCGGGAAAUGUUGGAAAUGCAUUUCGUUUGAUUAGUCACCGAGAAAAAGAUGAUAUACUUUAUCUAGAUCUUCAAGUAAAUGGUGUUCUUGAUCGUGAAACAUUGGCCAAUUAUAAUCUUAUUAUCGAAGCAAUGGAUGGUGGUCAACCACCAUUGAAAGAUCAACUAUUGGUUAAAAUUGCUAUCCUUGAUCAUAAUGAUUGUGAACCAAUAUUUAGUCAAAAUCAUUAUUAUGGAUCUGUAUCGGAAAAUGUUACAUUAGGUACAUCAUUGCUAAAAGUAACGGCCAUCGAUAAUGAUGAUGGUGAUAAUGGUCGUGUUGUUUAUAUGCUUCAUACUAAACAAUCUAAUUCAAAUCCAACAUCAUCAUCAUCAUCAUCAUCAUCGUCAUCAUCAUCAGCCAUAAUGGGUAAUGGUGGUGCAACGAUAAUGGAUAGUUCAUCAUAUUUUGCUAUCAAUCGUCAUACUGGAUGGAUAUAUGUUAUAAAACCAUUGGAUUAUGAAUCACAAGAUCUACAUGAAUUAGUUAUAAUUGCACGUGAUCAAGGUGUUCAGCCAUUAGAAACAUCAGCAUUUGUUUCAAUACGUGUAACCGAUAUUAAUGAUAAUCAACCGACUAUAAAUAUUCUAUAUUUAACAUCAAAUUCAAAACCAGAAAUUGCUGAAGAUGCCAAAAUUGGUGAUCUUGUUGCACGUGUUUCCGUUAAUGAUGCCGAUAUUCAUGCUACAUCAUCACAUUCAUUACAUUCAUCAUUUUUGAAAAAAUCAUCAUCAUCAAAACGUUUUUCACCAUAUAAUGGUCUUAGUGUUUCAUUGUUUGGUGCAUCAGAUGGUGAAUUUGGUUUGAAAACCGCUGAUCAAAUUGUUUAUCUAAUUGUUGUCACCGGUAAAUUGGAUCGUGAACGUAGAUCUAAAUAUCAAUUAACAGUGAUGGCCAGUGAUAAAGGUUAUCCACCACAAAAUACUAGUACAACAUUUGAAUUAGAAGUGACCGAUGUGAAUGAUAAUGCACCUUAUUUUGAUCAAUCUGUUUAUCGUACAACAUUAUUAGAAACAGCCGAUAUUGGAUCCAAAGUAUUUCAAAUGUCAGCUAAUGAUCGUGAUUCAGAUUCAAUGCUUACCUAUGCAUUUUUAAUACCCAAAAACAACAACAACAACAACGACAACAACAAUGAUGAUGAUGAUGAUGAAAUGAUUUAUUUCCGUGCAUUUAAUGAUAAAAAUACAACACAUCAAAUGACAAUGAAAACAAAAUGGUUUCAAAUUGAUUAUCGAUCUGGUUUAAUUACCACACAUUCAUUGAUUGAUUGUGAAAUGGAUCCUGAACCUGAAUUGAUUAUUAUUGUUUGUGAUUCAUUAAACAUUGAUUCAACUAAACAACAACAACAACAACAACAACAACGAACAACGAUAAAUGAAAAUAAUCCUGAUCAUCAAAUAGGAUUCACAGCGACAACAACAUUGAUCAUUUCAAUCAAUGAUAUCAACGAUAAUGAACCAAUAUUUGAUCAAAGUUUUUAUAAUGUAUCAAUCAUUGAAGAUACACCUGUUGGUCAUUGUUUAUUACGUUUACAAGCAAUCGAUGCUGAUUGUGGCAUAAAUGCUAUGGUAAAUUAUUCAUUAGAAUUAUCAUCACCAAUGACCAUGAUGAUGGCCGAUGAUAAUGGUAAUAGAUUAUCAUCACGUAAACCACGUCUAUUACAAAAUAAUGAUGGUGAAGAAAAAUUGGAUAAUAAUCAUCAACAACAGCAUGAACAUUUACGUUUAUUUGAUCAUUUCCGUUUGGAUCCGAAUACCGGUGAAUUAUGUUUGAAAAAACAAUUGGAUUAUGAAUCGAUUCGUGUAUUCGAUUUACCAGUUAUGGCAACUGACCGAGGUGGAUUGUCAACAACCGCUAUGAUUAAAAUCCAUGUAAUUGAUGCCAAUGAUAAUGCACCAAUAUUCUAUCCACGUGAAUAUAAAGUUAGUGUUGGUGAAAAUGUUCAACCAUCAUAUUCAUCAUCACAGUCAUCAUCAUCGAAACAAAUUAAUCCAUUAGUAAUUGUGGCUGCUACUGAUCUUGAUUCACCGCGAUCAUCAUUUGGACAAAUUGAAUAUGAAAUUAAAAUGGGUAAUGAAAAAGAUUAUUUUGAUAUUGAUCGAAAAACAGGUGAAAUUUUCCUAUUGAAACCAUUAUCUGCAUUACCUGGAUCAUUGUCACAUACACAAUAUAAAUUAAUGAUAACAGCACAUGAUGGUGGUGGUCGUGAAUCAUUGGAACCAGCAAUGGUUUUAAUUUCCGUUGUUCCACAACAAUCCGAUUCAAUUGGCCAUUUGAUUCCAGCACCGAUAUUUCUUCAACGACAAUUUAAUUUUCAAGUAAUUGAAAAUGUAGCACAAGGUGCUAUUGUUGGUACUGUUCGUGCUAAAAUUGAAUCAUCCAUUAAUGACGAUGAUCUUCAUCAGGAAGAACCAAUUUCAUAUUCAAUCUAUUCUGGCGAUCCGGAUGGCUAUUUUACUAUUGAUCCAAGACAUGGAACAAUCAGUGUAAAAUCAUCAUUGAUUGACCGUGAAAAACAUUCCUAUCUAUUAGUGAAUGUUCAAGCCUAUACUGGUCGAUAUCCUGGUCCAUAUCGUUAUGCUCAUACACAGAUAAACAUAACCAUAUUGGAUGAGAAUGAUAAUGUUCCAAUGUUUCCUAGUCCAACAUUGAAAAUUAGUGUACCAGAAAAUAUACCAAUAGAUAAUGGUACCGUAUUCGUUGCGUAUGCAAUUGAUUAUGAUGCUGAUAAUUUUGGUCGAAUACGUUAUCAACUUUAUCCAGCUACUAAUCACGAUAGUGAUGAUCGUGAACGAUUUCCAUUCACAAUUGAAGAACAUACUGGACAUGUACGUUUACGUAGAUCAUUAGAUUAUGAAACAAGAAAUGAAUAUCAAAUACGUGUUGUUGCUAUCGAUGGUGGACAAUUAAGUUCAGAAAUGUUGGUACAUAUUUUCAUACAAGAUGUGAACGAUAAUGCACCGAUUUUCGUUGGUACCGCUCAAUUAUUAGAUGUGUCGAAUAAUAAUUAUCAAUAUCAACAACAACAUUACAUCAAUCAUCAAACGUUCAAGAAUAAUGUACAUCGUCAAUCAUCAUCAUCAUCAUCGUUACCGUUAUAUCGAAUUCAAGUACAGGAAAAUGUCGCAAUUAAUACAAAUAUCUAUCAGAUUAAAGCUACAGAUGCUGAUACUGGUAAUAAUGCUCGAUUAACUUAUUCAUUAUAUCCGAUGAUGAAUGAUGGCCAAAAAAAUGUUGAUAAUAAUAAGCAAUUACAAUUACCAAUUGAUAUUUCACCAAACAAUGGUCAACUAUUUGUACGAAAUUUAUUGGAUCGUGAAACAUUGGAUCAUUAUGAAUUUCUUAUAACCGUUACUGAUCAUGGACUACCGAAACCAUUGAAUGCUACAGCUAUUGUUCACAUUACCGUACAAGAUACGAAUGAUAAUCGGCCAUAUUGGAAACAAUCAAAAUAUGUAUUCAACAUAUCAGAAGAUGCAAGUGUUGGAACAUUGAUCGGUCAAGUAUUUGCAUUCGAUAUGGAUCUCGGUGGAAAUGCAUCAAUAGUUUAUAACAUUUCGCAACAACAACAAGAAUCCGUAAAAAUGUUUGGUAUUAAUCCAUCAAAUGGACAGAUUUAUUUACGUUCAAAUUUAGAUCGUGAAUCAAAAGAUCGUUAUGAAUUCAAUGUUGAUGUUCGUGAUCAAGGUACAAUAGAAUCAUUGUAUAGUGAAGAAAAAGCUACCAUUAUUGUUAAUGUUUUGGAUAUCAAUGAUAAUCGUCCCGUUUUUGAUGAUAAUGAUGAAAAUGAUGAUGGUAGCAAUAGAUUGACCGUGCCUGUUGGUACAUCACGUAAAAGCACCAUUGCUACAUUCCAUGCAUUUGAUCCAGAUUUUGGUGAUAAUGGAACUGUUUAUUAUAGUAUGGCGGAUGAAAGCGAUCUUUUCACUAUAGAUCGUCUUACUGGUGCUUUAAUUACUAAAACUGAUAUAAAAGAAACAUUGAAACGUACAACGAGAAAAAUUUCAUUACUUGCAACCGAUGGCCAAGGCAAAAAAUCCAAAGUCAAAAUGAUCGAUAUUGAAAUUGUCGAUAAACGUACCUUGAAUAUUGAUCUGGAUUAUGUUGAACAAUAUAAUUUCAAUGCUAAAUCAAAUGAAAUUGAUUAUGGAUAUCGAUUUGGUUCGAUAGAUUUACCAAUGAAAUUGAUGCAACAACAUCAAUGUAAUAAUCGUUUCUUUACAAAUUUUCAUUAUCAAAUUAAGAAUGGUUUGCCAUUUUUCGUCGAAAAUGUUGAUACAAAUGAACCAAAACUACAUUUAAUGACAUUCGAUCGUCUUAAUCGAACAGCAAAAAAUGAAUACAAUCUAUUACUUUGCAUUGAUUGGUCACAAUGUUUAGCUGCAUUGUUGGAAAUUACUGAAAUCAAAAUUCAUCAUCAUCAAAUGAUUCAAUGUGAUCAUUAUGUUCGAAUCAAUAUCCAAAUUGAAUCUAACGAUAAUGUUAAUUGUCUUCCAUUACCGAUUGAAAAUCCAGAUCUAUUCGAUGUUAAAAUACCGUAUAGUCCAAAUGAAUCAUUUAAGAAUCACGAUUUACUAUAUUUAAAUCAUUCAAAUUGUCCAGCUUCGAAAAUCGGUGACAUUGAAUAUGAACUUUCUAGUCCAAUAAUCAAUGAUGAUGCAUUGAAUCGAAUGUUUUUGAUCGAUUCAAAUAGUGUUUUACAAUUUAAACGUUCACAUGAUACAACAUUAAUUAGCCAAUAUCUACAUGAAGAAUUUGUCCUAUCUUUGAUAGCUAAAAGGCAUGGCAAAAUUAUACAAAGUGUACCUAUACGAAUGAAAAUUAUCGAUUCCGAUCAAUCACAAUUGGGAAAUAUUGCAUUUUUGAAUGAAAAAUUUAUUGAACUAGAAGAAGAUUGUUGUCAUAUUGGCUCACCAAUCAUUCAUGCUCGAAUCAAUAUAACACAUGAUGAUUUUAAAGUACGAUAUUUUCUAGCUAGCCAUGGACAUUUAAUGUCAAAUGAUGAACAAUUUACAUUGAAUUCGGAUAAUGGUCUAUUAAGUUUGAAACGUGAAUUUGAUUAUGAAAGUAAACAUGAACAUCGUGUCAAUAUUACUGCUGUGGUUUAUGAUUCGAAAUUAUUGCCAAUCGCCACAAUUUCGAAUAUCAUUAGAAUAAGAAUACUUAAUACUAAUGAUGAGCCACCGAUUUUUUUACGACGAUCAUAUGAAAAAGAAAUUAUUGAAAAUGCUCCAACUGGACAAUUGAUCGUUCAGCUUGAAGCUAAAGAUUCUGACCAACAAUCAUCAAACAUUACUUAUUUGCUGCCUAAAAGUUAUCGUUAUGCCGAUUAUUUUGAUCUCGAUUCAAAUAAUGGAGAAUUAAAAUUGAUGAAAAGUUUAGAUCGUGAACAAAUCGAUCAUUUCUAUGUACCCGUUUAUGCGUUUGAUGAAAAUUUCAAACACCAUACUUCAACAUUAGUCAAUGUUAAGGUUAUUGAUAUCAACGAUAAUUCACCAUAUUUUGUUCAACCCAAUUUCAACAUUAAAAUACCGGAAAAUGUAAAACCAGGAACCACCAUCUAUACACUGGUGGCUAUCGAUCCAGAUUUCACUGACCAUAAUAAUCGAUCAAGUAAUUCCGGUCUUCAAUAUCGUAUUUCCACCGGUAAUGUUGGCAAUAAAUUUGUUCUACACGAACAACGUGGUGAAUUGAGUAUCAAUUCUCAAUUAGAUCGUGAAAUGCAAUCAAUGUAUAGUUUAAUCCUAGAAGUUUCAGAUUCUUUGCAUACUUCUACUUGUAAUGUUACCAUCGAAUUAUUGGACGUAAAUGAUAAUGGUCCUAUUUUUGAGAAAAGUGAUUAUUAUGCCAUUGUCAAUGAUGUUUCAUUUGGAUGGAUUGAUGUUAUCACUGUACGAGCUAUUGAUUCUGAUGGUGAUAAACUUCUUUAUCGUAUUGAAAAUGAUUCCAAUAAUUUAACAAGAUAUUUAAGUAUGAAUUCAGAAACUGGAGAAAUUCGUUUACAUUCAUCGUUUGUAAUUCCAAUAUUCAAUCAAUUGGAUUCGAAUGUUUUUACAUUCGAAGUGAGUGCCAUAGAAGCUGGAAAAAUUGCCUAUCAAUCAUACGUAUCGAAAACUAAAGUACAUCUGACAUUGAUUACAAAUGGAAAUCAUAAUUCAUUUGUUGAUUCAUUCAAAUUGAUUAAAUAUCCAUAUGUAAUUAUUGUGGAUGAAUCACGACAUAGUAUUCGUAUUAAUCAGAAAAUUGGUUCCAUUGAAUUUACAUCUUAUCAAAAUUAUUUUAAACAUGAAAAAAAUUCAAAUAUAUUAUCAUAUCGUGUAUUGAAUGGUGGUGAAAGUUAUCGUUCAUUCAAUGAUUAUUUCACUAUUCAACCACAAACCGGAGCUAUUCUUGUGAAACGUUCAUUGAAUUAUAAUUAUUAUGAAGCUAUCAUUGAAGUGACACAACAUUUUGAUCAUCAUCAACAACAACAAUCGAUCAGCACAUCAACUUUGUUACAAAUUUUCAUCGGUGGCAUUGAUGAUCGUAAAUUUAUUCAAUCAAUUCAUCUGGAUUCAUUGGAAGUAUCGGAAAAUCAAAUAAUCGGUUACGAUAUUGUUAAUCUUGGUUCAUUCAUACAUAAUCAUCAUCAUCCACAAUCAUAUAAUUAUCAAAUAUUCUAUGCAGAUAUUGAUCGCAGUUAUUUCGAAAUUUACGAUAAACAUCUAAAAUUGCGAAAAUCAUUAGAUUAUGAAUCACAACCAAAUCGAAUUCAGGUUUUAAUUUUCGCUUAUCGUCCAUCAGAUACGAAUUUAUAUGAACAUUCUUAUCUAUACAAUUUGACCAUACAUAUUGCAAACGUGGAUGAUAAUUUACCUCAAUUCACACAGAAACAUUAUAUUGCUACAAUCAGUGAAAAUGAACAAACGGGCACGUUUGUUGCACAGGUGAAUGCCAUCGAUAUUGAUGAUGAAUCUUUGAUUUUUAACAAAACAAUCGGUACACGUCAUUAUAGUUAUUAUAUUGUGGAUGGUAAUAACGAUAUGGCAUUCAGUAUUGAUAAUGAUGGCGUCAUCAGAACAAAUAUUGUUUUAGAUAGAGAAAUUCAUGAUCGAUAUCAAUUGAAAGUUAUUGCAACCGAAAUGAAACAAGAUUUUUUCGGUGAUUUUUUGGCUGAUGAAGCAAGCUAUCAACAUUUAACACAAUGUGUUGUUGAAAUCAUCGUUAUUGAUCAGAAUGAUAAUGUACCGGUAUUUCCACCGUAUAAAGAAAUUUCCGUUAGUGAAGAUGCUGAAAUUGGUUCGGCAAUCGCCACAUGGACUGCUAAUGAUGUUGAUAUUCAUCCAACAUUAAGUUAUAUGAAAUUAAAAACAAAUAAUGAUUUGAAUGAAGAUGAAGAUUGUUUCGAAAUGGGUCUUUAUACGGGAAAAAUUUAUUUAAAAUGUCCAUUGAAACCUUUGUUAGGUGGAUCUUCAUCUGGAUUAUUGGUUCGUCGUAUUAAACUAUUGCUUCAAGCAUCCGAUCAAAUGCAUACAAUCGAAACGGAUAUUACUAUCAAUGUUAAACGAAAUUAUUCAAAAAUGGCUCCAGUAUUUCGUGAUGGGGCAAAUUUCUAUCAGAAAUUAGAUCUUGAUGAUAAACAUUCAAUUUUAAUGUCCGACAUUAAUGUUGAGUUAUUUCGUGCUCAAAUGAUUGAAGAUCCAAUGAUUAAACGAAAAAUUCUGUUCUCAUUGAAUUCAGAAGCAGGACCGGAAGGUUUUUAUAUUGAUCAAACACGUGGAAUUAUCUACAAUAAUCGUACGAUUCGUUAUCGAAGAACCAAAUUUGUAAUGUUAACAGUGUUUGCACGUUAUCAAGAUUCCAUUGAACAGGCACAAGCAUCAUUGGUAUUGAAUUUCAAACAUAAUGAAUUAACAUCAUCAUCAUCAUCAAAUUAUUAUAGCAAAAAAGAAUUAUCAUCAUCAUCUACAAAUAGUUAUACUAUUGAAAUUGAAAGUUCACAAAUUGGUGUGCCGCUCUUGCGACUAUCGCGACGAUCACAUGCUAAUUAUGUCAUAUUCAACGGCAAUAGUAAUAAGAAUUUCAUCAUUUUACGUGGUAGAGAAUUGGUUCUUAUCAAUCGUCCACUGACUGAUCAAUAUCUGUUGAAAAUCAAACCUAUCGAUGAUAAAAGAUCGUUAUCAAAUUCUACAAUCAUUUUUGUUCAUAUCAAAGUUCGUCCAUCGAAUGUAAAAGAUUCGACAAUGUUUGCCAGCCCUUUUAAAUCGCAAGUGUUUGAAUUGGAAAUUAAUGAAAACGAAAAAAUUGGCGCUGAAAUUCAGAAAUUGAAAACUUCACCACCUGUUCUACGAACAAUUUCACAACAAUCUGAAAGCGGUGAUAAUUUUCAUUUUCGUAUUUUUAGUGGUAAUGAUCAAAAUUUAUUCCGUUUCGAUUCGCGUACUGGAAUGUUGAUAGUGGAUAAAAAGCUUGAUUUUGAAACAAAUCCCAUCUAUCGUUUGGGUGUGGUUGCCGAAUCCUAUCAAUCUGGUGCACGUUAUUUCACCAUAAUCAACAUAAAUCUUAUCAAUUCGAAUGAAUAUUGUCCACAAUUUCCAACGAAUCAUUUUAAAUGUUUGAUUGACGAAAAUGUUGCUAUUGGAACAAAAGUUUUACCAAUCAAAGCUAUCGAUCAAGAUCGUGAUCAAUUGAAUUAUACCGUGAUGAAAUUAAGCGAAUGGAAUGAUAGUCCAUUUAGAUAUGAUUCAGAUAGUGGUUUUAUCAUUACAGAUGGGAAAUUAGAUUAUGAAUCAAAAGCAUCUUCAGUUUAUAAAUUUAUUGUUAAAGCAAAUGAUCUAAGUGGAAAUAAUCUGUAUGGCGGUAAUACAAAUGAUUUACAAUGUAAUACGGCUGAAACAAUUAUCGAAAUACAAAUUGGAUCAAUCGAUGAACAUAGUCCACAAUUUGUAAAUGAUUCAUAUGAUUUCAAAGUGGUCACAUCUAUUACACGUUCUCGAGUGAAAAUUGGACAAGUAUUGGCAAUCGAUUCGGAUUCUGGUCCUGAUGGCAUCGUUGUUUAUUCAAUCAAAAAUAUAUCACCACAAACAUUAUUGGAAUUUGUUCAUAUUAAUUCAACUACUGGAAGUAUUUCGAUGUCUCUCUACAAUGCUAAUAUUCCCAAACAAUUUUCAAUGAUUAUAUCGGCUCAAUCUGGUCGUAUGAAUUCAUUAAAUUCUUUAACGGUCGUCAAUGUUCGUCUAACACUGAUUGGUGAUGAUAAUAGUGAAAUCGAUUUGGCCGAAGUCAUCAACAAUAUAGAUGCUGGAUUAGCGAUCGCUGGUGAGCAGAUUCCAACACAAAGAGACGCACCAUUGCCUGGUUGGAUUAUAUUCCUGAUUGUAUUGCUUCUAUUGAUCACUUUUGUUUUAAUGGUUAGCGUUAUCGUUAUUCGUAUGCAUCAACAGCAACAAGAACAACAACAUUAUCUUACCGGUCAUUUAAGAACAUUAGCUGGUAGUGGUGGUAAUCAUCAUGUUGGAUCAUUAUUUCGAAAAAUUGGUUCAGGUUUUGUAGAAGGUGUAGUAGGAGUACCAGGCGAUCCGAAUAUACAUUCACCUGCAUAUUCGGUUGCUCAUUAUGGAACAACCGGAUCUGUUGCGCCAGUUGCACCACCUUGUUAUAAUGAUGUUACAAUAACAACAACAACAACACCGAAUAAUGUAUGUGGUGGUGUCCCAAUUAUUGAAGGACAUUCAGCUUCAUCUGGUCGUGGUUCAGCUGAAGAUGAUGCCGAUCUAGAUGAUGUUGAUGAAGAAAUUCGUAUGAUUAAUGAAUCAAGUAAUUAUUAUGAUAAUGAUGAUCCUUCAGAAGAACCAACAACCAUAGCUGAAUAUCUGGCACGUUUAGGUGUGACAAAUCAUUAUGAAGAACCCGAGAAUACAUCAUCGGUUGCCAUCGAUGAUGAUGAUGAUGUUGAAUCAAUCGAUGUUAUCAGCCAGAUAAGCAAACUUGGACCAUCAAAGCAAGGAAUGACGAAAAGAUUAAAAUCACAUCGUGGAACAUCUGGAUCAACCCAUAGUGGUAGUACAAUUAAUGCACCAACAACAAGUAACACUAGCACAGCGAUAACAAAUUCAGGAAAUAUUCAUAUUCCAAAUAAAUCAUCUACUUCAUCAGUUCAUCAUCAUAAUGAAGGUGGUGAACUUGCUGGUUCAUAUAAUUGGGAUUAUAUUCAACAAUAUCAACCUAAAUAUCAGCCAUUAUCAUCAGUGUUUGCUGAGAUUGCACGAUUAAAAUCUACUGAUGCAUUGGUGACAAUGGAUCAACAUGGAACAACAACAACAACAAUGAAUAAUGAUAAUAAUUUGAAUAAUAUGUCACAAACAUCAUCAUCAUCAUCAACGACAAAAAUUCGUUCAAAUCAUCAAGAAAUUCCAUCAUCGAUGACAAAUAUGUAUGAACAUCAUCAUCAUCAUCAUCACAAUCCAUAUGUAAUGGCUGAUUAUCGUUACCAGCAACAGUCUAAUAACAUUAAUAAUAAUCUUUAUAGUAGUGGUGGAUAUGGAACUGUACUUUCUAAUAAUGGUAGUACUAAUCUAUCACAAAAAUCAUUCAAUCAUCCUUUUACACAAAAACAACAGCAACCACAACUGCCGCCUACAACUUCUUCAUUGGUCGAUCAAACAUUAUCUUCAUCAUCGUCGUCGUCAUCGUCAUCAUCAUCGUCAUCAUCAUCGAUUUAUAAUAAAGCAACGAAUAAUGGUUCUAGAUUUCUAUCUCAAUUUCGAUAAUAUUGAUCAACUAUAAAAUGUGAUAUACUUAUCAAAAGGUGUGUUUAUUUUUUCAUUUUCCAAAUGAAUGAAAAAAAAACUAAUUCUAUUGUA